CAUCAACAAUUUAUAACCAGUUAGGUUUACAUCAAUGGACUAGUAAGUUACGUCACACUCCAAAUCUUUAAUACACCAUUGCUUCCUCGGCACACAUUUUCACAUCUCGUUUCACUUAACUUCUCAGCUGAAAGACUAGUACAGACACUGAGUAGUAGAUACUCCUAUACUAGAUAGAUUAGCCAGUCCCUACACGAUCCUACAUAUUUCGCCGCCAUCAUCAUCAUCACCAACUGCAACAAUCCAAAACACACAACAUUUUACCUGUUUCAUUGCUCUUUUAAUGGUGAAAAUCAAAACAUAAGAUCCUUUUUUACAUUGUUAGACAGAACCCUUUUUUGAUAAUGGCAGCAGCAUUAGAGUGUUGGUCCGGUAGGAAUAGUACAGAUGAAGAUAUGGCAGAACAACAAGUUUUGAUGAAAACCCAUGAUAGAUCAGAAGGUAAUUUAUCAAAUGAUUCAAGUUUUGCUUAUGAGAAAUUGGAUCUUUCUACUAGUACUACUUCAUCUUCAUUGAUGCAGAAAAAGUUGCAGAAGAUUAGUAGAAAUGUAUCAGAAGCUAUUACAAAUCUUAAAAACUCAUUGAAUCUUGAUUCAAUUAGUGAUUUACCUAAGGUUAAGAUUCAAAGUAGUAGGAAACUUAUGUGGGGUAGUGUUAUUAGGAAUCUUACGCAGCUUUAUCCUGGUAGUCAACUUCCUGAGAAACUUGUUACCAAUGUCCGAAAACAUUAUGAUUCAUUACCAGUCAGUUAUUCGCUAGCUGGUUUCGAAAUGGAAGAUGUAUUUCUUCACAUUAGAUUAAUAGAACAGACAGCAUUAGAUGAAAAUAAUCCUGCUAUUUAUAUUCAAGAUGUUACUGAUGAUGGAACUCAUGGAUCUGUUUUUAAGCUUACAUUUGCUUGUAAUUCAUUGAUAUCAUGGCCGGCGAUGUCGGGCACAUUAGACAGUUCUUCCAUUUGCUGUAAAAAGAUUCAGAUCUUUGAGAAAAAGGGUUUUACAUUAGGGAUUAUUCUUGUUCUGUUUGAAGCUGGCCAAGAGAAAUCAUUCAAAAUGCGUAUCGAAAAUGUACUUAAAUCUGCUUUGAAAAAGCCGAAGCCGCUGAAACUCCCAUUUGGUCUAUGUGGGCGUCAACAGGAGAACAAUAGGGGCCAAGAAGUUGCUGAAAUGAGUGAUGUGUGUGAACAGCAAGAAAAUGAAAAUGGGGUGGAGAAUGCAAACACAAGAACUCAGCUACAGACUCCUUUAACGGAUUCGUCUGUCAUUGUUUGUGUUGAUGAAUGGCAAACAAUUAGUUCGGGUCAGGAUGAGAUUGGGAAAUGGCUACUGAAUUCUGAUCAAAUUGAGUUUUUGGACCAGAUUGGACCUAAUUUAUUUAAAGGGGUUUGUAAGGGGAAAAGAGUGAUGAUUGAGAAGCUGAAAGGAUGUGAAAAGGGAAGUCCUUAUGAGUUUGAGGUUCGAAAAGAUUUAUUAGAGCUUAUGAGCUUUGGGCAUAAGAAUAUUUUACAGUUCUACGGGGUUUCCAUUGAAGAGAAUCAUGGUUUAUGUGUAGUGACAAAAAUGAUGGAAGGUGGAACGCUGCACGAGCUAAUACAGAAGAAAAAGAAGCUUAAUCUGAAGGACAUAAUCAAAAUAGCAUCUGAUGUUGCUGCUGGGAUCAAGUUUAUGAAUGACCAUGGCAUUGCUUAUAGAGAUCUUAACACACAGAGAAUACUAUUAGAUAGGCAGGGUAAUACUCGAGUCGGAAAUAUGGAUAUCAUCAGAGUAUGCAAGAACAAUGGCGAGGCAACGGAUUAUGAAACUGAUGGUUACCAGUGGCUAGCUCCCGAGAUCAUUGCAGGUGAUCCAGAGAGUGUAACAGAAACAUGGAUGAGCAACGUGUAUAGUUUUGGAAUGGUAGUGUGGGAGAUGGUUACAGGGGAAGCAGCAUAUUCUGCAUAUUCACCAGUUCAAGCUGCAGUCGGAAUUGCUGCAUGUGGGCUAAGACCAGAUAUCCCUAAGGAUUGCCCACAUAUUUUGAGAUCGUUAAUGGUCAAAUGCUGGAACAAUUGCCCUUCAAAGCGACCUCCAUUCUCCGAAAUUCUCCGAUUAUUAUUACGUUCGAACAACAACAGUAGGUGACUUUACAAAAAGAACUCCAUCAGAGGUGAACAGUGAACACCAAAGAAGUCCUUGUAUAAAUAAAAGUAAAAGAACGCCGCUACUUGAUUACAUUCAUGUAUGUGGCAAACAUGUAGUAACCCUGAGUUGCAAAGUUUCUUGUAUGCAGUGAGUCAAGAAUAUGUUCACUUUCUAAUGUUUUAGAAAAGAAAUUGGAUAUCUAAUAUAUCGAAAAUGCUCAAAAACC